AUGGGAAAACUGAUUGAACCAUUUCUAGGAUUCGAGGACGAAGUGAGAGAUGAAGUCAUUUCCAGAACGAUGCCAUUGCCUCCAAGGAAAUGGGCUCACCUUGCCUGUUCAUUGAAAUCCAGCAGUGAUGACUGGGAGACUAUUCGCAAGCACUUUCUUCACAAGCAGAAGCCGACAUCAGUUGCAGAGUUGAAACGAAGCAUUUGGUUCGGAGUUCCGGACGCCAUCGUCGCGCUGCUCGCAGCUUCUUCGUCACCCGAUCCUCUUCCUCCUCCUCUUCCUUACAGCAAGCCGUUGACGACGACGAGUAAUACACACAAAGACGUAAGUGGAGUUGCGAUAGACCACGAAGAGCUGGCUCAGCCCGACCUAGCCACCAUGGACGUUCGAAUGGAACGCCUUGAUGAGUUCGCGUAUAGCAUGAGGACUGUUGAGAAACAGCUGAGCAUGAAUUUUAUCAUUAAUGUGUCACAGUAUUCUGUGAUCGUCUAA